AGCGCGUCGGCUCCCGCCGUCGGGGCCUCGGCUUCGGCGGAGGGCGUAAGGCGGGACCGGCCCGGCUCUUACAGCGGCGCUACGUCGGCCUCCCGUCAGCGCGUCGAAAGCCUCAGGAAGAAGCGGCCGCUACGCGGGCCUGUCACUCCUGUGGCCUCUCCCGUUGCGGAGCACAGGCUCCGGACGCGCAGGCUUAGCAGCCAUGGCUCACUGGCCCAGCCGCUCCGCGGCAUGUGGGAUCUUCCCAGACCGGGGCACGAACCCGUGUCCCCUGCAUCGGCAGGCGGACUCUCAACCACUGCGCCACCAGGGAAGCCCUCCUCUUUGUUUUUGAACUGAUUUUUUCCCCCUAGUUGUUUGAAGGUCAUAUGUUCAUUUUCUCUUUUUUUGGAGUUGCCUGUAAAUUUUUUUUUUUUAAUUUAUUUAUUUAAAUUUAUUUUUGGCUGUGCUGGGUCUUUGUAGCUGCACGGGCUUUCUCUAGUGGCAGCGAGCGGGGGCUACUCUUCAUUGUGGUGUGCGGCCUUCUCAUUGUGGUGACUUCUUUUGUUGCACAGCAUGUGCUCUAGGCACGUGGGCUUCAGUAGUUGUGGCACACGGGCUCAGUAGUUGUGGCUCGCGGGCUCUAGACCACAGGCUCAGUAGUUGUGGCAAACGGGCUUAGUUGCUCCGCAGCAUGUGGGAUCUUCCUGGACCAGGGCUCGAACCCGUGUCCCCUGCAUUGGCAGGUGGAUUCUUAACUACCGCGCCACCAGGGAACCCCAACCUGUAAAUUUUUAACGCAUUUAAACCAUCACUUCUUUAUUCUUGUUUAGAAAUAAUCAGAAUCUUUAUCUUCCGUUCCCCAACGAGACAGAGCUGCUGCUUGCUUUGACUUCCCUCUCCUUUCUCUUCCCUCUUCGACUUCCUAUGUUGAAAUCAUGGUUCUGGACAGUUAUUGCCUCUAUCAACUUCAUUCUGCUGAUGGUAUCACUUCUUGUUUCUCAGAAUUAUUUUAGGAAAUCAAUUUGUUUCCAGAUUAGACAGAAUCAUAUUUCUUCUCCCAAAACCCUUUUUGUGUAUAUAGUUCUUGGAAACCUCAAGUUUUUCCUUGGUUUGGCUUGGAUAUUGGUGGGACCCUGGUCAAGCUGGUUUAUUUUGAACCCAAAGACAUCACUGCUGAAGAAGAAGAGGAAGAAGUGGAAAGUCUUAAAAGCAUUCGAAAGUACCUGACCUCCAAUGUGGCUUAUGGGUCCACGGGUAUUCGGGACGUGCACCUGGAGCUGAAGGAUCUGACUCUGUGUGGACGCAAAGGCAAUCUGCACUUUAUACGCUUUCCCACUCAUGACAUGCCUGCUUUUAUUCAAAUGGGCAGAGAUAAAAACUUCUCGAGUCUCCACACUGUCUUUUGUGCCACUGGAGGUGGAGCGUACAAAUUUGAGCAGGAUUUUCUCACAAUAGGUGAUCUUCAGCUUUGCAAACUUGAUGAACUAGAUUGCUUAAUAAAAGGAAUUUUAUACAUUGACUCAGUUGGAUUCAAUGGACGGUCACAGUGCUAUUACUUUGAAAACCCUGCUGAUUCCGAAAAAUGUCAGAAGUUACCAUUUGAUUUGAGAAAUCCAUACCCUCUGCUCCUGGUGAACAUUGGCUCUGGAGUUAGCAUCUUAGCAGUAUAUUCCAAAGAUAAUUAUAAGCGGGUCACAGGUACCAGUCUUGGAGGAGGAACUUUUUUUGGUCUUUGCUGUCUUCUUACUGGCUGUACCACAUUUGAAGAAGCUCUUGAAAUGGCAUCACGUGGAGAUAGCACCAAAGUGGAUAAACUAGUACGAGACAUUUAUGGAGGGGACUAUGAGAGGUUUGGACUGCCAGGCUGGGCUGUGGCUUCAAGCUUUGGAAACAUGAUGAGCAAGGAGAAGCGAGAAGCUGUGAGUAAAGAGGACCUUGCCAGAGCGACUUUGAUCACCAUCACCAACAACAUUGGCUCAAUAGCAAGAAUGUGUGCCCUUAAUGAAAACAUUAACCAGGUGGUAUUUGUUGGAAAUUUCUUGAGAAUUAAUACGAUCGCCAUGCGGCUUUUGGCAUAUGCUUUGGAUUAUUGGUCCAAGGGACAGUUGAAAGCACUUUUUUCGGAACAUGAGGGUUAUUUUGGAGCUGUUGGAGCACUCCUUGAGCUAUUGAAGAUCCCCUGAUUGUUACCUGGGGAGGGGUUCCUGGAACCUUCCACAAUGGGAUUUGUGGACUUGUUUUUUUAAGAGACUUACUCAGUUUUAUGAUUGUGUACUACCUGAAUCAAAGCGAGAAAGGACAAAUGUAUUUUUCUAAGUCAUCAAGAUAAAUCUUAAUAACCAGUAAGGAAAGAUACAUAUUAAAAAAAAAAAAGUGGACCAUGUCCAUGUUGGUGAGAAUUCUCUGUAUUUAAGUUGCUCUUCAGUAUAGCUUUGUUCAACUUGCUGUGUAUUUUUGAAAUUCAGCAUCACUUUGUGGAGCCACUUCAGGGGAGGAGAGCUGUUCUGUGUUCAACGGGCUGUGGUUUUGUGUCCUGUUGAACUAGCUAAAUGUAAGGCAAGCUAUUGAUACUAUGUAUUAUAAUCUAAUCACAAUUUUAUCAGUGAGGCCUUGGAGAUCAUCUUAAUGUGCAUUAACUCUGGUGUGCAUUUAGCUUGUGUGAAUGUAUUGAAAAACAUGUUUCAAGGUUCUACAGACUUAUUGGGCAGGUUAAUUCUGUGCCUUUAACAGUUAAGCAACUUUUGGAAGGGCAGUUCCAGCUUGUUUACACUGUAGAUCCUGGGAAGGUCUGUUUGGAGGGAAAGGACUUCUCCCCUGGGCAGAAUUUCCUUGGGUAGUGGAGGGAUAAUUGAUGUGAUGGAAGUGAGUAAGAUAGUAGAAAAAGCACAUCUGGAAGACUAAAAGCAGACAAAGAGGGCUGCCAGUAUCGACAGCUUUUCAAGGAGUGGGGGGAAUCUGGUUAUUUCAGGCUGGUAGAGAGGGAGGAAUUGAGGUGUCCAUUGAUUAGCUCAUGGAGAGCAGGGCGGGGCUCUCCCGCCUUCUGCUCCCUGCCUUGUGCUUGCUGGAAACUGCCUGGGAGGCUGGCUCAGUUGGAUCUAGUGGAGGGGCUGCGUGUGGGAGGCUCAAAAGGCUGCUUGAGGAGAGACAGGUUUCUAGAUGGAGUCUUGGUAGAGGUUGGCUUCUUCCUCUGGACCGAGGAAUGGAGCCAGCGUGAGCCUGUUCACUGCCCGUGGAGAUCCAGGUUGACCUCUGAGGCCUUGUGGGGUCCCGCCUGCUCUCCCCGCAGUUACUGUGCUCACAAGUCUGUCCCAUUGCUUUUUUUUUUUUUUUAACAUCUUUAUUGGGGUAUAAUUGCUUUACAAUGGUGUGUUAGUUUCUGCUUUAUAACAAAGUGAAUCAGUUAUACAUAUACAUAUGUUCCCAUAUGUCUUCCCUCUUGCGUCUCCCUCCCUCCCACCCUCCCUAUCCCACCCCUCCAGGCUGUCACAAAGCACUGAGCCAAUAUGUGCUAUUGCUUUUUGUGGGUCGUGUCAUGCAGCCCUUGUCAUCUCCAUAACUUAACAGAGGAGGAAACUGCCCAAAGUCACACAGCUAGAAUCCGGCAGAGCCCCCUUUCCUCUUGUGCCUUGAAGUCACCUUCCACCUCCAUGGAUUCACCACUUCCUGCUCUUGAGAAACUGCCUCUGUGACUUCUUUUUGUGCCUUGUGCUCAGCCCAUCCUUCUUACUCCAGUGAAUCUCGUUACUAAAUAUAAUGGACAUUUCAUGUUCUCAUCCUCCUCAGUUCUAACACUGCAGACCCCUCUUGCUUUUCCUUCUAUCUCCUAGGCCACUUUGUCUCUGCCAAUUUAUUCUCCACUGAAGAUAAUUAGAUAUUGCUAGCCCUCAGGCUCAAUCCUUGAUCUCCUUAAGCAGUCAUCAGCACUCACCUUGACUCUGAUUUCUAAGGUAGCAUAUCUGGCCCAGCCCUUGCCUCUGAGCUCCAGUCCCAAGGCAUUGACUGCCUUCUCUUCCCUCUUCCCCUUUCCCGCUUCCCUUCUCUUCUGUAUCUCCAAGGCCAUCUUUACACAGAAAUGUCUCCAUCCUCUUCCCUGAAGCUCCGCCAGCAUCCUCUCCCAGUUUCCUGCCACUUCACUACCUCCAGUUUGUGAGAUGCAUGUAAACUCAGUCUUGUCACCACAGCUACCACUCUGGUCUAAGCCACUGCCCUGUUUCAUCUUAGCAGUUAUCCCUUCCAGUCAGCCCUCCAAAUACUAGCCUGAGGGUCCCAUCCCACACUCACCUAUUAGAGGCAGUGGGGGUGGUAGUGGCUGUGGUCAUGGUCCAGGUGUGAAAGGAAGGUGGCCAAACCAAGAUGGGAGCAGUGGAUGGUCAGGUAGAGAGGGAUGCUUUAGAGGGUUGAGUUUAGAGAUGUGGAGAUUGGAAGUGGGGGAAGGAGGUUCUGUGAGGGCACCUAGGCUUGCUGGGGAGACUUGGUUUUGGGCUGCCUGAUUUUUGAUGCCAAAUAGGUAUCUGGAUAUUUAGGUCAGAGACCUGAGAAUGAUGUGCAUGUAGGUGGGUAAAACGUAGGUGGGAAUUUAGUGAAUCCCAAGGUAGAGUGAGAAUAACAAGAGAUGUGCAGACAAGGAAGAGGCUGCGAAGAACACCGAAGAGUGGUCAGAGGGGACUAGUGCAGGGGGCCUGUUGCUCUGGAGACUUGAGGGGAGAGGAGCUCUCCAGGCACCUGCAUUAAGAGGAGGUUUCAGAGGUGGCACAGAUUUGGUUGCAGGGCCAUGGGUGGCCUUGAGGGGGAGCAGUUUCCCUGAAGCUAUGGGGCCAAAGCUGAGCUGCAGAGUCCUAGUGAGGGUUGGUGAGUAGAAACAGUAGCUGCCACAGGAUGGCUUUGGACCAGGAGAUGUUUUUUUCUCCUCCCAACAGAAUAGUUGGUAUUUCCAGACCUGGGUUAUAGCUAGAGGGGUGAGGCGUGGGCCGGUUCCACCACUGCAACCUCCUGAGCACUGGUGUCCACAUUUGGGAGACUGCUUGACUGUGUCCAGCCACACCUGUGGUGCUGAGGCCAGGGUGGCAGGGGGGCCUCGGCCUCUCUGCCUUCUCCUUUGCUGUGGCCUGGUGCUCCACUCAUCACCCCUGACUGGCACCCCACACCAUGGGAAGAGAUAAGCCAGGCUCCUCUGUCACAAUCACCUGUUGCUGUUGACCAAUUCUGUUUGUUCAGAACCACUCUUCAGCUCUUGCUACAUGGGCUUAAGUGGGAUGUGGGUGACCAAGGGUGUGUACAUGCUCAGCACAAAGUAUUUUUAAAAUCUGCUUUUUAUUUACAUUUAAGUCAGUUACAUGCAUGUCUUAUUUUUUAAACAAGAGUAAUUAGCAAAAUGCAUUAAAAUUUUAAAAUAGCAAUUAAAUAUACAAAAAUAUAUAGCUUACAAAAAACUGCGAAUGUUUAAAAAUAUUCUGCUGCAUAAUUCUUGGUGUACAAACAUGUCUAUGAAACCUGAGGUUCAGCAUUUCAUAAACCUUUUUUUGAGGGAGUUAUACGAUAUCUAGUGAAUAAACCCCAAUAGGCUUAAAACUAUAGGACUAAUAUCCACUCUUUCUGGCAAAGAUCUGUCAAGAGACCCAGAGAUGACAGUUCAGGAACACUCUCUUGGAAGACUGAGCUGUUACCAGGAAGGACUUCCUAACACUAGCCUCAUCUGCCUCUCCUGCUCUAGCGGGGGUGCCUGGGAGGGAAGGGGUGGAUGGAGGGAUGGUGUGCACCUGGCCCGAGACACAGGUCCGCCAGGCUUGUACUGGCCUAGGGAGCUGAGAGGGGCUUCAUGGAAGAAUAGACAAGUCCUUUGACACUGGUGGGGCCCACAAUGUGGGUACAUGUCCCUGGAGCAGGGAGGCCCUGACACUACAGCCACAGAAGGGAGCACUGGGUCGGUAAGCCAAGUGUGCUGAUGCUUGGUCUAAAAGUGGAAUAAAACUGCAUCUUGCAACAACAAUUUAGGCUCUGAAGCUGAACUGGAAUAAUAUUUACUGAACAAGCCCCUCUGUUUUCCUCAUGUUCCCAAUCAAAUGGAAGCACAUUCCAUGGCACGUGGAAGCCUUCGUUAAUCUACUAAAGGAACAUGACCCAGCAUUUUCCAGUUAACAACUGCAAAUUUCACCAGAAUUUAGACACUUUCAUCUCCUUUACUCAAAUUCCUAAAUGCUAAUGAUGAAAAAGACAAGAGGUUCAUCAAAUGACAGAAGAGUGGAGUUUCACAUACAAUUCCUUUGCAAGUUUCAGGUCAGGGGCCCAAG